UUACAGUAAUUGAGGAAUUUGUAUACAAAUAUAACCUGUAAUUUAAAUCGUAUUUGCAAUAUUCAAGAAUCAUCUAUUAAUCAAUGAGAUGAUAAUCAAAAAAAUUUGGUAAAGAAAAUCUGUCGGUAUAGGGUUAUUAGUUAAAACUUCAUUAUUAUGGUAUAUUAAUUAAUUUUUAUUGAAAUGUUGUUUUGAUUGGUUUUUUGUAAGAGAAGAUAUUUGACACUGGAAAAGCUAUUUUAUCAACUAGGAAUCUGCCCUCUGUUUAACUGCCUUCUUAUAAAUACCGAUCAUCUUUCUAAAUAUGAGUAAAUCAGCUAAAUCAUCAGAACAUGAAGAAGGAGAUGAGAAUAUAUUAUUAGACGAAGGAUUUUCAGUAGUUGAUGACAUCAAUACAGGAAGUGAAUCUAUAGAAGGAGGCCAGGAAAAGCCCAAUGGUAAAGAGAUGAUGGUCAACACUGAUAGUGAAUCUAAUUCCAGGGAGAUUGUUUCAGAUGGAAAGAAGGAAGCUGUCUGCUCCAAGAAGACGGAAGAUAUUAAUGAUCAAAUUUCAGAAAGCAACAAAGAAAUAGAAAAAGAAAGGAAUAAAACAACCACCAAAGAAAAUAUGGUUGCUACGGGGGAAACUAAUAAAUCUUGUAGCGAUGGUAGUACCCUCAUUUUAUCUAAUGAUGUAGAAUUGGGUACGGAAACUCCAGUCCCUGAUGUUAGUAAAAUUAAGGUUGAAAAAGUCACUGAGGAUACCCAGAGUGCAGUGACUAAUGAAAAGGAAACAAAACAAAAAACCACAGAAGAAAGAGAUGCGAAUACAAUGGCUACUAAAGCCCCAAUAAAAAAAAAGGGAACCUCAUCUAGUUAUGUAUGGGUCACCAAUAUUUCUAAUUCUGUAAAUGCUUCAAGUUUGAAGAAACAUUUCUCGGAUUGUGGAAAAGUCUCUACUGCUAAAGUGGUAACAAAUGGAAAAUUAUUUUUUGGUUAUGUUGAAUUUGAGACAACCAAAAUUGCUCAAAAAUGUGUAGAAAAAAUGAAUAAUACAGUAUUGGGGGGUAGGAAAAUUUUGCUUAGUAGAAGCCGCCCUGAUGUCACAAAGAAAUCUACAAAUGGACAAAAAAAAUCUCCUAGAAAUGAUCCUAUAAAUGAUAAGCAAAAUGAUGAGAAAAAGGGUGUUCAAGUAGAAGCUCAUGCAGAUUCAAGAAAAGGCAGUGAUGAUAAAAAAGAAACAGAAAAAUCGAGUGAUAAAAUUAAAAAUGAAGAAAAGAAAAUGGGUGAUGAAAAAAUUAGCACUGAUGAUAAUAACAAGCUUGGCGACAAUGAUAAGAAGAAAAAAUUGGAAGAAAAACAAAUUGAUAAGAAGAACCGUGUUAGGAAAGAAGAACCAACAAAAGGAGAUGAUUUGAAAUUAAGAAUGAACGAAACUAAGAAGAAGUUGGAUUCCCUUAGGACAGAUUUGGAACGAACACAAAUCGAAGUACGUAACUUACGUAGACGACUUACAACUGAACAAAAAAAGGUGAAAGCUGAGGAGCUACGUGCUGAAAGGUACAGACAACAGAUGAGAAAACUAACUGAUGAAAUUAAAGAAGCUAAAUUAGAGUUUAAAAGGGAUGUUCAUCGUCUCACUAAAAAGCAUAAAAUGGAAAUGGAAAAAGCAGAGUUUGAUAGGGAGAGUCUUUUUAAACGAGAGGAAGAUCUACGAAGACGACAAGAGGACCUUUCCAGGGAUUUCAAGAAAUUGGAAGACGCCAAAAAAUCUUUGGAGCAUCUCAAAAGAGCCAGGAAGUCUCGAAGCAUUUCUCCGCCCCAUAAGAGAUUCCGAGGAAGGGAAGCUGUUUAUCCGGAUGUGUCACCACCACCACCACCAAAGCUAUCUGGAGAUCUUCGUAAGCCUUUGCUUGAUAGGCCACCUUCUUCGUAUUAUGAGGAGAAGAAAUCUAGGGGUGUCUAUGAGCGUUUGGGUGACUAUACUGAUAAGUCUUUUUCCAAGGAUUCUACUAAUGGUAGGUAUCGAAGCUCCCAUCCAGUGGAUAUUGCUGUUUCAAAGAGUUCCUGGAUGCAACCCCCUGCUGAACCAUGGAAGAAAACUUCUAACCCACCCAAUUCAACUUUUAUGAAACCUUAUAUGGAAAGGUAUGGUAGUGAUGGAUAUUCAGUGCAACCAUCAUCGUAUUAUCCUCCUGGUACAUCCGACUAUCCUAAGCAUUUUGAUUCAUCUCGAAAGUAUUAGUUUGUAUCCAAAGAUGUUAUUGUGUGGUUAUUUAUUAAUGUAUUUCAGCAGAUUCCAUUCUUUAUUUAGUUCAUAUCAAACUUUUUUUCGAUCUUCAACUUGCGGUCUCGUAUUUCUAACAUGUUCGUUAAUUUAAUGUGGACAAUUCUCUUCUACUAUAUUGUAAUAGUGCGAAGGAUCUACAAAUGUAUAUUAUGUUAUAGGUUUCAAUAAAAAACUGAAAACUA